AUGAGUUUUCACUAUGAGAGAUUCCUCAAGGAAAUUAAAAGAAGACAACUUGCAGAAGCUGCAGAAAAGAGGCAGAUGGAGGCCUCCUCUCGGGGUGUUAAAAACCUUUAUUCUGUGGAGCAAAAGAAAAAGAAACAGGAAGACAUGGAAAAAAGAAUUGCAUCUUCUGGCUCUGUAGGAGAAGGAGGACUUAGGUGGCAGCUUGGAUAAAGAAGAAUGGCUUCUGAGAAGAAGGUCAAAGUUUACUGCCAAUAACUUGCCAGUUUCUGCAGCUGAGUGGAACCUAUUCAUUGUGUGGCUUUUGCUGUUGUUUGCAUAUGAAGAUUCAGCUGUACUUUGCCAUUGUAUCAAGGCCAGUGAUAGAACUGUAGAUCAAGAACUUUUUCAGACAAAAAACCUCAGAAUGUUAAAAAAAAAAAAAAAAAGGCCAAAACUUGUUACUUACAUUUCAUAAUCUCCAUUUGUUUUAAUUUUGCAUGUUUCUACUCUGUUUCUUGAUGGGGUAGGGGAAAUUCACUCUUGUACAGGAAUGAACAAUGGGGUUGAUGUAUGAUACUUCUGCUUCUGAAACAAACUUUAUGCACAGCCUAGGAAACCAUAAUUGAUUUUCUUUUCAAUAUUUAAAGUUCUUCAGUUAAACUUUUCUGCCACAAAAGCUUCUUUCCAAAAUAUUUGUAAUGAAAUAAAUGUACUCCUGUCCAUCUCUUUGGUUUCCUACUUCUAAUGAUUGGUGAAUCAUUUAGUGCCUUUAAAAAAAAACCAAGAAACUGCUUGGAAUAAGCUUGGCUUCUGCAAACGGAAACAUUUUGUGAUUUUUUUCUUUUAAAAUUUGUGUGUGCUAAUCCCUUUGUAUACUUAUACUAAGGUGUAAAUAUUUUAUUAUGUGGUUUAGUUUUGGUUCUCUCUCUUCCCUGAUUUUCUAAUUAUGGAUUUUUGAGUAUAUAAAUGUAUUUGCUAUGUAUAUACAAACACCCAUGCUGGAAGUUAACACUAAUUAUCUAAGCAACAAAAACUGUUGGCUAAAUGCUUUCUUUUGUACCAUUAGAGGGCAAUGCUGUGCUUCUGAAUAUGCUGGAAAACAGAAAAAGGAAAAGCCUCUUAGGUCAUCUCUUGGAUGGUUAUUUCCUAAAAGCUUCUGUACUAUCUGGGUGGUUUAAUUAUAUAUAGUACAGUAAUACUUGCCAAGGACCAGAAGCACUAUUACUGUUCAUUUGUAUCCAGCAAUGCCCAUAAUCCUUUUCCUAAAUGUGAGACUACUUUUGAUUAUGUAAAGCUAACUAAACUAUGGUGUAUUAUGUGACCAGCUUUCAAAACUAGGAGUGACCUCAGGCCACCAUUUUAAUAGAUAUGGGGAAUAUAUUGCAACAGGAUAAAUUCUAAAAGUACAGUUUUUAUUUUUCCCUGGAGCAUGUUACGUUUGGCGUCAGUGUCCUGCUGAUUCCGUUUUUGAUCCAGUUUAGAUUCUGGAAGUGUUAGUUCAGUUAAAUAGCCCAUCUUUCCCCCUGAAGGGCUUAGCAUAGUACUGCUCCAAACUUAUUUGGGAAGUCCUCUUGAAAAAAAACCUAACAUUUUGGCUUUCGCCAAAUAAUUCAUGAUGCCAGAAGGAAAUUUUAAAAAUGGUAUAUUAAUAUUAAUUUAGUGCCAAAAGCUGUGGCCUUGACAGAAUAUAAUAUAAUACCCUUGUCUUUCCUUGUGAUUUGUUCUCCUCGCUGUUUUAUUAGUAUGUGUCACUGAAUUAGGACUCAAUGGAAAAUAGUUUGUUACAGAAUCUACAAAAAACCAUGUGUCAUAAUUAAUCUGCAAUGUGACUUUCAUUCUGGGAUUCCUAAUGCAUCCUACAGUGUGGUGUGUGCUCAGAAGCUAUUUGUGUUAUUAAAGUGUCACUUUGCUUA